GGAAUUUAAACGAACGGAUAACUGAAAAGCUAUCGAAGGGAGAUAUUGUUAGUAAUCACGUUUUAGAAGAUUUAAAUUCGAAAUUUGAAAAUGAACGCCAAAGUUAUCAACAAAAGAUGAAGAG